CACGAUGGAGCUGCCGGUGCUCCCUGAUGGUCCGUCCAAGAGCGUAGUCGUCCCGAUCAAGUCGCGUCUCUGUGUGCGCAAAGAUGUUUUCUUUCAAGCCGGCGUAAGUCUUGUCGGGCUCGCCAUCAUCCUUUUGGUUGCGACCGACACGAUUGUCAACAACUGGGCCGUGAACGACUACCUCGGGAACGCGUACCGCUUCAUCACGCCCGUCACAGACAUGACCUCCGUCACCGACUUGGAUGGCACGUAUACGUUUAUGCGCGGCGCCGCACCCGCCGACAUCUCCCGCAUCGGCAACUGGAUGCUCAACUAUACCAUGAGUGCCCUUGCGACCAAGAGCAGCGACGUCUACAUUGUGUGGGCCGGCUUUUUCACGAUGACGCCCGCCAUCAACUUUUGCCGCGCAUUCCAAGGCGAGUACGUGCUCCCAACGCUCACCAAGCGCCGGCUUGGCCUCGCCGGCAACACGGUCACGUUCUUUCGCGGGUCUGCGCUCACGCACCUGUUUACGGACGACGCUAGUGUCAACUUGGCGAAUGGCAGCAUGACCACGUCCACGCUCAACGCGCUCGGGUACACGGCGGGUCGGCAUCUCGUGGACCUCCGGCUCACGACCGAGUUGUCGUUUUCCAACAGCUCGACGCCAUCGUCCCAGCGCCUUUCCUUUUUUCGCGUGAGCCCAAAGUCGUACUGCACGGGGUGCAACCCGGUGGCCGAGAUUGGGUACGGAAUGUGCAACAUCACGAGCGUCUACGACGUGAGUCGUCAAGUGCUGCGCAUCACGAACGCGUCCAACAUCCUGGGGUCGGACUACCAACUCGGGAUGAUGCUGCCCCACACGAGCUUUUCGUCGGCGUCGCACUACGUCAAGGCGAUUGCGAUUGUGUUUGCUGUUGGCGGCUACUUGGCGAGUCGCCGCACGGUGCAAUGGAAAGAAGCCGAUGCGUCAAAAUCCGACUCGAUUUUUUCGAAAAUUUUGCGCACGAUAUCGCCAAAGUACUUUGCGUACCCGAGUUUGGCGCUGCGUUUUGAUAUGUUUUGCUACAACUUCGAUCUCUUUGUGUUUCUCUUUGCGACGAGCGUCGUGCUCGACAUGGGCAAUUGUCUACUGUUUUUGCGACACAUUUCCGCGUACGCGGCGCCCGCGCCGACGUAUACGCAUACGUUUCAAAUGUAUGCGCUCACGACGCGCAUGCUCUGGUUCAACUGCGCGUGCCUCAAGCUGCUCAAGAUCGCGUGGAGCAUCGUGAGUACCGCGACGUUCAACGGCGAAAGCGUCCUCAUGGGCUAUCUCAACUGGACCAAUGUCACGUCGCUAUACAUUAGCGGCAUUGUACUCGCGUACAUUCCGACGUACAUUGACUAUAGCAACAGCGUCGCAAUUGACAUCAACCACGUGGUCGAGAACCUCGACACGCUCUUUGUCGACGCGCUCGACGGCUACUACUUGCGCACGACGCCGGCGAUCGCUAUCGGCGUAUUGGCCAACGUACUGCUGGUGACGCUGCUCGACCAUGUGUGGCACCGCGGCCGGUGGCGCCGGCUUGCGAAAAACUCGCUCGCGCGCCAAGCCAUUUUCAACAGUAGCUCGAUCGUGUGCGACUACCUUGACGGCAUCGAGGUUGACGUGGACGGUGCGACGAUCAUUCACUGCAAGGCGCGCCGCCUCAGCACGCUCCAGUGGUUUUUCAUGAGCCAUUUGGUGUGCUUUGGCCUCCCCGAGAAGCAGCUCCGGCUCAAGAAGCGCAUGUUGCAGUCGUCGGCGACCACCAAGGACGAGUCGAGCACUGGCAACGACACCAAGUUUAUGGUCCUUCAAGACACGGACCACAAUGUACACCUUGUCGAUAAUGUCUUCUCGGACGUGACCGCGCUCGUGUACAACAUCAAGGUGCUCAAGGACACCAUCGUGACGAUCCAAUGAUGUAAUAUCUUCUGCACUUUUCAUACUCUGCACAUUACGAAAUAUAGAUUCUGUAUUCCACCACGCAAA